CUGGACUCCCCUUCGGUCCAGGCCGCGCCCGGGGCUCCGCGCCAGCCAAUGAGCGCCGCGUGUCCGGGCGUGUCCCCGCGCCCCGAGCAUAAACCCUGGCGCGCUGGCCGCCCGGCACUCUUCUGGUCCACGCAGACUCAGAAAGAACCCACCAUGGUGCUGUCUCCCGCCGACAAGAGCAACGUCAAGGCCGCCUGGGGUAAGGUCGGCAGCCACGCUGGCGACUAUGGUGCCGAGGCCCUGGAGAGGAUGUUCCUGUCCUUCCCCACCACCAAGACCUACUUCCCCCACUUCGACCUGAGCCACGGCUCUGCCCAGGUCAAGGGCCACGGCAAGAAGGUGGCCGACGCGCUCACCAACGCCGUGGCGCACGUGGACGACAUGCCCAACGCGCUGUCUGCGCUCAGCGACCUGCACGCGCACAAGCUUCGGGUGGACCCGGUCAACUUCAAGCUCCUGAGCCACUGCCUGCUGGUGACCCUGGCCGCCCACCACCCGGCCGAAUUCACCCCUGCGGUGCACGCCUCUCUGGACAAGUUCCUGGCUUCUGUGAGCACCGUGCUGACCUCCAAAUACCGUUAAGCUGGAGCCUCGGUCGGUCGGCAUUCCUCCUGCCCUCUGGGUCUCGGGCCAGGCCCUCCAUCCCUCCCUGCACCGGCCCUUCCUGGUCUUUGAAUAAAGUCUGAGUGGGCGGCA